AAACAUCGACCGUCGUGUGCCCACCCAGCAAGAUGGCUCCGUUCUGGAGUAGCAUUCAACUUUUGACGUGAUGUUAUUAACAUGUUUGCCUAUAACGCUCGUCUAGAACAAUAAUUAGAAACAUUUACACUUUAGUUGCUACGUUGUGUGCUUAAAAAAAAUCAUAAAGUGAUAAUAGGUGUAAUAGAUCGCCAUGUUUUAGUUAAUAAUUACUAAGAGACGGCCGGUUGGCGUGCCAGACAGAUAGUGCCAUUCUCAAAAUAACGUUGCUCAUUGUUAAAGAAGCUUAACAAACAAUAAAAUACUCGAAUAAAUUUAUGUAAAAAACGUGAUCCUGGGAUAAUGUUUUCUUGAGUUUUAAUCUUUACUGGAUGAAAAAAAUUAUAUCAAAAAACAUUUGAAUAAAACCAGUCCAUAAAUACAAUAAUUAAUAUUAUUGUUACAAUCAGAACUAAGUGUGUUAAUGAAUUAACACAGAUGCAACGAAUAUUUCUUACGCACAAUUCUUCGACGAAAAACAAAACCGGAAUAUAAGAAGACAUUUGAAUUAAUGAUACUUGACAAUGAAAUGUGAAAGGCAAUUAAAGAAAUUAAGGCAAGAAUAGAAAUUGAUAAUUUUCGGCAAAAAUGUUGCCAAAGAAGAAGUUUAUAAAUUUUUACAUAGAGUGCUAAUUAUUGUGACAACGACCAAAGAUAAUUAACAAGACUUUGAAUGUUUUAUAAAUGUAAUGUGCAAGGAUUGUUGUAAGUGAUGACUGGAGGUUGUUUGGAGUUAACAUUGCAAUAAAGCCUGUUAAUAUUUGGUGUUAGCUGACUAAAAUAUCACUUCAAAUAUGGCACGAAAAAGUGAUAAUUUGAAGAGUAUUAACGUUGCGGUAGUCGGUUUAUCCGGUACAGAGAAAGACAAAGGACAGGUUGGAGUUGGCAAGUCAUGUCUCUGUAAUCGAUUUAUGAGAUCACUCAGUGAUGAUUAUAGUGUUGAUCACAUUUCUGUUUUAUCACAGUCGGAUUUCAGUGGUCGUGUUGUUAACAAUGAUCACUUUUUAUACUGGGGAGAGGUCAGUAAGUUUGCUGAAGAUGGAACAGAAUUUCAGUUUCAAGUGAUAGAACAUACUGAGUUCAUAGAUGAUGCUUCGUUUCAACCAUUCAAAGGAGGCAAAAUGGAGCCCUAUGCUAAAAGGUGUUCUGCUACAAAAAUAACAAGUGCUGAAAAGCUCAUGUACAUUUGUAAGAAUCAGUUAGGAAUAGAGAAAGAAUAUGAACAAAAAGUGCUACCUGAUGGAAAGCUGAAUAUCGAUGGUUUUUUAUGUGUUUUUGACGUCAGUGUAGUACCAAAUCGAUCGAUUGAAAAACAAAUCGAAAUUGUAUCGAAUAUUCUUAAUAAUUUAAUAAAAACAAAAAAACCCAUCGUGCUAGUUACAACUAAAAAUGACGAUGCUAAUGAAAUGUAUGUUAAAGAGGCUGAAAAACUGAUUUCUCGAAAGGAAUAUAAAGGAUCUAUCGUAGUUGUAGAAACUUCAGCACAUGAAAAUAUCAAUAUUGAUGCUGCUUUUCUAGUCUUGGCUCAAAUAAUUGAUAAAACUAAAAUAAGAAGUAAAAUUGUUCCAUAUUCAGAAGCAGCUAAAACAAGAAAAGAAUUAUUGGAUGCCUCAACUGACUCCCUACAGAGAUUAAUACGGUUACAUAUAACAGACUAUCGAGCAUUAUGGUCUCAAGCAUCGAAAAAACUUGGUCAACACAAGGAAUUUAUGAAUUUUGUAGAAUUAUUUGGUAUUGAUGCUACACAGAGGCUGUUUAGGAGGCAUAUUAAAAAAUUAAAAGAUGAAGCGAUAGCUAAAAAAAUUCAAGGGUAUUUAGACAUGUUACCAGAUAUUCUUCAUGAAAUUUGUCCAGACGUUUCAACACUUAUCAACGAGGAGUGGUCUACUGUUCAAAGAUACAUUAAAGAUCAUCCUGAUUUUCAUCAGCAUUUUUAUGAAUGCCCUGAAGAUAUUUCAUGGGUAGACUAUGAUUUCGGUGAAAAUAAUACCAGUAAAAUACCUUAUGAAGUUCUCGAAACUCCUGAGGCUGAAACUGUGUUUAAAAAUCAUAUAAAUGCAUUGCAGCAAGAGCAAAGACGUCUUGAACUUCCAAAAAGAUGGAAGAAACAAUUCAAACAAUUGCUUGAAGAAACUGGAUAUGUUACGCCUGGAAAACAUUUGUCAGAAGUACGUGUAUUAUUCAUGGGUCGCGAGUGUUUCGAAGCACUUUCUCAUCAUGAUUGUCAAGAAAUUUAUGAUCAUCAUCAGAAGGAAAUAAUUGAGAGAGCGAAACAUAAUUUUCAGGAACUUUUACUAGAGCAUGCAGACUUGUUUUAUCACUUUAAAAGUAUUGCUCCAUCUGGUACCAUUACACAAGAUGACAUUAAAGAAAUUACUGACGCUUUACUAGACGACUUUAGGUACAAAGCAUUAGAUAGAUUGGAUCAAGAUAGAAAGUUGAUGUUAUUCCAACAUUUAGGAUUUGUUCAUUGUCCAAUUCGUGAACACUGUCCUGCAUUCCCAAAUUGUAUGGAUGCCCUUAUUGAACGAAUUCUCGGAACAAAAGCCCACAGGCCGUCGUCAUGGAAUCACAGUAGUCAAUGGCAGUUAACAUCAGAAAAUAAUCAAUUAAAUUUAGUAAUACUCGGCUGCAACGGACUCGGAAGUGAAUUUGCACAUGAGAUAAAAACACAAACGGAAGAUGACGAAGUAGAGAUUGACUGUCAGUUAUAUACACUUGGAUAUCGAGUCAUUGAUGGUGACGUUGGAUUACCGCAUAAUUCAUUUACAACAUCCGAUUUUAUGCCACAUGGUUCUUUUUGCAUUUACUCAAACGAAGACUCUUUUGAAUACAUCCGAUCUUCUUUAGAGAAAACACUACUGUCUAAUUUAGAGCAAGAAGAUCGAUUACCAUUCCAGGGUUUACCAAUUGUCAUUAUGUUCGUUCCUGAUGCAACUAUUGAUGAAAUGGAGGCCAUGAGGUUGAGAGAAGAAGGCCAAAGUCUUGCUGACAGCUUACAAUGUCCUUUCAUUGAUGUUUGUGUCGAAGAUUUAGAACCAGAUAAGCGUUUUCCUAGCUCCUUAGUUAAAGAAGCGCUUCAGCAACUUAUACAAUCGAUAAACCAUCGUGCUGGAUUUUUAAAUAUUUACCAAAGUGUUAUAGAAUGUUUAGAACCUGAUAUUAGAAUAAUUAUGUGUAUGUUUUGUGGGGAUCCUUAUUCAGUAGAAAAUGUUCUUGGGCCUUUGCUCAAUCAUCAGUGCUGUUUUCUUAGCGGUGAAAAAUCGAUAGUACUUGAAACAUUUUUAGGAGAAUCUAAACGUCGAGUUGAAGUAAUUAUCUCAAGUUUUCACGGUGCAAACGCCUUUCGAGAUGAGUUAGUUCAUGGAUUUAUUCUGGUUUACUCUACAAAAAGGAAAGCAUCAUUAGCAACACUAAAUGCCUUUUCUAUGAACAUACCGAAUUUACCAAUUCAAAUCAUGGCAGUAACAGAUACUGGCGGUGCAAAUGCAUUUUUCAGUAACGAUUUAAGUCACUUGCUUAUCACUGAAGGAAAUGCUACCGCAGAUCGACUUCAAGCACAUUUUAUGACAUCAGCUUCUAGUUGUCAACAGAAAACUGCAUUCUAUACGCCCUUUUUCAAAGAAGUAUGGGAGAAGAAACCGGAAAUUGAACAAGCAUUCCACAUGGAGGAGCCCGGAAAUCUUAAUGAUAGUGGUGAGGGUACUUUAGAGUAUUCUGCGUUACAUCCAAUGCCUCCACCUCGUCAUGAAAGCUAUCAUCUUCAGACACCAGAUGAUGGUAUGUCUGUAACUUUCAGGAGUGGUUCGGAGUCUUAUGAGCAGUUGACACCUGAUGGGGAGUUGGGAGAUACAGGAUUAAAUGAUCAUUUCAAUGACCAUCGAGCCACACCUAGCGAUGACAGUGAUAUUUACAGCCAAGUAGAUUUUCAUCGUGAAGAAAGAGAACGUGAACUGCUCAAAGGUGGCGAUUUUACUAAUAAACUAACAGGUUGGGUGAAAGGAACUUUUAAUAUGCAUCACGAUGGAGUUUCUAACACUUAUUCGCAUCGAGCUUUUACCACGGGUCGACGUAACAUUCCUCAAUCUAAAUCACGACCCAAAGGCAACAGUCAGACGUUGAAGCAACCGGGCAAAAUUAAUUUGAAAGAUUUUUCUAAUGUGACAGAUGCGAUAGCAAGGAUGAGUGUAGGAGAAAAAGGUGAUCAUGGUUCGAAAUUAAUGGGCCAUGCACCGUUAGCAACGCCAGAGCUUGUAGAUCUUGAAUAUGCUCAUCCCAAAGAUGUCGUUCCUAAUCUGUAUCCUGCUUAUGAAGGGGAGUAUGCAUAUGCUCUCGUGCAAGAUUCUAUCUCAAAUAAUAAAUCAAAACUACGACAUAGGAGAGAAAAAGGACAGCCAUCCUACAGCGAUUCAGAUUCAGAGUGGAGUUCACUGGAGCGACAAAGGGUAGACAUUAUGGGUAAAUCGAAUAAAAAACCAUCAAGUUACAAGCGUACACGUAAGAAACGUACCGCAAUCCCAGUAGCAACUCCAAAGGUACCUUCAUUAGCGAGUAUGGCAAGUGGAGAUGGUAGCAUUGGUUUGAAUUAUGGAAAGGACGACAAGAAUUGGCGUAUCGAUCCGAUAGAACGAGUAUCAAGCGAAACGCCGGAUAGUUCCGAGUCGAGUGAGCCGGAGCACGGCACGAGGUCCAGAUUAAAACCUAAUAAACACAGCGCGGUUAAUGUGAGAAAGCGAUUUGGAAACUCAGCGACUACGCUACAGCAUCCGUUCAACCUGAAACACGUAACCCAGGAUAUGUUCAGUGUGUCCUAUGACGAGUCCAGCCUCGACGUGUCAUCACCAAGGGACAUUAAUUCUCCAAGUUAUGGAAUCUUACCAAAGGGCAAAGACUGCGACAAACUUACGAGGAAGAAGGACAAACAGAAGGCGAAAGAAGAUGAGAAGUUGGAAAAACGGAGACAAAAGGAAGAAAAACUGAAAAAGAGUGCGGAAAAGGAACGUGAAAGAGAAAAGAAGAAGCAGGAUAAAGUUAAACCUCCUAAAGGACCGAUCAGCAGUAUUUCAAUAUCAGGGCAAUGUCAGCCAUCUCUCAUCGAGGAUUUUGCUCAGAGUGAAACGAACCGAAUACCACUCUUUUUGGAGAAAUGUGUCAACUUCAUCGAGGACGAAGGACUUGAUUCUGAAGGGAUUUACAGGGUUCCAGGAAAUCGCGCUCAUGUGGAAUUACUUUUCCAGAAGUUUGAAGAAGAUCGUAAUGUUGACAUACAUUUAUUGGAUAUUCCUGUGAAUGCUGUUGCUACUGCACUUAAGGACUUCUUUGUGAAAAGAUUACCACCACUUAUCGAUAAAGAGCGAAUGGCUGAAUUGGAAAAUAUUUCUGGUGCACGAGGAGUGAGUAAACCAAUGUCUGGUUCUGGAAUGAAUAUGGAAGAUCCUAGCUGUAGACUACUUGCUUUAAGAUCUAUGCUUAAUCAACUGAAUCCAGUUAAUUUUGACGUCCUCAAAUUCAUUUUCCAGCACUUUGUGAAAGUGGCAGAAAAUUGUAAGUUAAACAGCAUGGAUAGUAAAAAUUUAGCAAUAUGUUGGUGGCCAACGUUAUUGCCAAUCGAAUUUAAUGAUCUGGGUAGAUUUGAAGCUAUGAGGCCAUAUUUAGAAGAUGUUGUUCAAACAAUGAUCGAUCAAUAUCCUUUCCUCUUUUGUGACAAAGAAGCUAUCGUAAUGGUUUAGUUAUGGACUAUAAAACUGUGAAACGAGGACCUAAAAUUGGUAUAUAAAUAAGGCGAUUAUGGACCUAUUUAUCACUAGAGUCGUUGGCCUGGAAAAUACUGAAAAGCCCGGAACGCGUUAUUAAUUAAUUAAUCGGUAUAGUAUUUGGUCUUAUCUUAAAUUUUACAAUAUUUAUAGCAGUUUUCACUAGUCCAAAUAUGUAAAAUGAAGGAUUUAGCAUUUUUAAAUAUUCUCAUCAUAAAUUGAAUGAUACGAAACAAUUUCCAAUGAAUCAAAUGGCCGAGAAAAAUAUAGUUGAAGUCAAUUGACGUGUCAUAAUGCAGUAUGAAUGUGUUUUUUUCAUGAAUUAAUCAUUAAUACUAAUAAAAGAUUUAUUUAUUAAAAUGUGGAUCGUAGUAAUUAAGCGUCGCAAAGAUUAUUUAGUGUUGUUGUCUUUCCAUUUUCGUAUUUUAUUGUCGAAUGGGAAACAGAGAUAAAUCUUAUUGAUGAUAUUAUUGCAUUAGAAUUUUUGUGAAAAUGGAUUUUGUGAAGUAAUUAUCAAUAGUAAGAAUUAUCAUUAUAAAAGAGACAUUUAGGUUGUGCCAUGCCAAUCGUAUCUGUUUGAAUUUUGAUCGAUGCACGGCAGUGAUAUUAAAUGCUUAUUACCAUUCCGUCUUAUUAAUAACAAAAAAAAAAAAAAGAAAACUUACAAUUCCUGUUAACUGGAUCAAAGC